UUUUUUUUCAACAGAAAAAACUACUCAGAGAGAGAGAGAGAGAGAGAGAGAGGGGAAACGCGAGCGAGGAAGGUCAAGCCGGGAGGAGACGCACAGAUCCCUCCCUCUCCUCUGCACAUCUCUCCUCCCUCCCCCACGACGCGGCAAAAACAGGGAGGAGAGAGAGCGAGAGAGGGAGCCCGAGCCCGAAUCCCUGCGAUCCCCCCUCCCGGUCUGAGGAUCCGGCGAUCAGCCAUGAACGAGAAGGCCUCCGUCUCCAAGGAGCUCAACGCCAGGCACAAGAAGAUAUUGGAAGGCCUUCUGCGGUUGCCGGAGAACAGAGAAUGUGCAGACUGCAAGUCAAAGGGUCCUCGAUGGGCAAGUGUCAAUAUUGGGAUCUUCGUAUGCAUGCAGUGUUCUGGAAUUCAUAGAAGCCUUGGGGUACACAUAUCAAAGGUAAGGUCUGCUACUCUGGAUACAUGGUUGCCAGAGCAAGUUGCAUUUAUUCAAUCAAUGGGAAAUGAAAAGGCAAAUGGCUAUUGGGAAGCAGAGCUGCCCCCUAAUUAUGACAGGGUUGGGAUAGAAAACUUCAUCCGUGCAAAAUACGAGGACAAGAGGUGGAUACCGAGGAAUGGAACAUCAAAACUGCCCUCUGGUGCUCGAGAUGAGAAGAGCUCUGAAUCUCAGGCCAGUCAUGCUAACAGGGGUGGGCACGCUCAAAAACCUUCAUUUGAGCAACACCGUGUUUCACCAGCUGCUACGAAAAGAACUGUUCCAGUGGCUUCUAGGAUGCACACACAAGCAUCACCUCAGCCAAAAGCAGAACUACCAGUUCCCAAGGUUGCUUCGCCUCCUCAGCCAGCAAAAUCUCCUGCUAAAGUUGAUGUGACACCCCCAAAAGUUCAUCAGCCAUCGGUUGCACCCCCUCCUAAAGUUGACUAUGCCAUUGACCUCUUUAACAUGUUAUCAAUGGACGGAACAACUGAGAAAGAAUCAGAGUCAUCUUCCAACGACGAUAGUGCUUGGGAUGGCUUCCAGUCUGCAGAACCAGCACCUAACUCCGAGAAAAAGGGUACUGCUAAGCCAGUAGAAAGUAAGGUCCAGUCUACAUCGGGAAUCGAAGACUUAUUUAAAGACUCGCCAGCUGUGGCAGCGUCUUCAGCUCCAGUUGCUUCCAAAUCAAACCCACAGACGGAUAUCAUGAGUCUGUUUGAGAAGUCGAAUAUGGUAUCACCAUUUGCUAUCCAUCAGCAGCAGCUUGCUUUUAUGACCCAGCAACAAGCUUUACUGAUGGCUGCUCUUAAAUCUGGAAAUGCACCCCAAAUGGCUCCGGGGAAUGUACCCCAAAUGGUUCCGGGAAAUGCCAGUGUGCUAAAUACCAAUGGUUCUAAUGCCCCUAAUGGAAGCUUGCCUUCCCAUAGCUGGCCAAAUCUAGGUUAUCAAAACCCUGCGUCUAUUCCAGCAGCAGCACCACAGAAUGGUGUCGCCAAGGCUGUGAACAACAAUCAGGACUUCUUUUCUGGGAACUUCGGUUUUGGUUCGCCCGGCAUGCCAGCAAAUGGGGCCACAACGGCAGGUGCUAACAAGAGCGCAUCCACCCCUACCUCUUCUACCUUGCCAUCUCAAUCAGGCAAAGAGUAUGAUUUUUCCUCAUUAACUCAAGGAAUGUUCUCGAAGCGAUGAAUGGCUUGCGAUACUUGGAAAUGGAUGAGAGAGGCCUCCAUUGGGCGCAGAUUUAGGGAGAACGUUGGGGGGCGCUUGUACACUGUUUUACCGAGGCAGCUUUGCCAAUUGUGGAUACAUAGUUACAUCACCUUGUGGGCCAACAAGUGCGGAUAUGGCAGAAAACUGCUCAUGUUGUUUCCUACAGCUGAAUAGUCUCAUUGUUACAGUGAUGCCAAAAACUUCAAACAGAGGAUUCCCUUGUGGGCCUGUUGAACCUUUUCUCUUGUUCAGGGUGUAGUUGCAAUACCAAAUAUCGAUUACUUUGUAUUGUAUGCCAAUAAUUUUAUUCUGUUGUGUUUGUAUUGUUGUGACUUGCCCUUUAAAUGCACUGAAGACUGAACGCUUGUUUA